GCUGCGACUCCUGUAGCGGAAGACCUUGGACUUGGCCUUCGCUUCGCCAUGUCUGCUAACAGUAUGUCGGACCCACGGAGGCCGAACAAAGUGCUCAGGUACAAGCCUCCGCCAAGCGAGUGUAACCCGGCUUUGGACGACCCGACGCCGGACUACAUGAACCUGUUGGGCAUGAUCUUCAGCAUGUGCGGCCUCAUGCUCAAGCUGAAGUGGUGUGCUUGGGUCGCUGUCUACUGCUCCUUUAUAAGCUUUGCGAACUCCCGGAGCUCAGAAGACACUAAGCAGAUGAUGAGUAGCUUCAUGUUGUCCAUUUCUGCUGUGGUGAUGUCCUAUCUGCAGAAUCCUCAGCCCAUGACACCUCCCUGGUGAUGUCAGACUGUAGGGAUCACAUUGUCAGCCCCUUCUUUUCACCUGCCCCCAGGCCUGGGCUUUGGUAGCUCAGCCCCCUCUUCUCAGCUGCUGUCUUGGACUUCUCUGAGUGAGGUGGUCACAAGGCCCUCAGCUGGAUGGAGGGAAAAUGGUCCUUUCCCUGAGGUCUCACUUUUGCUGUGACAUAGAGAGGAAUACCCUGGCUCACACCCCUCACUCACUUUUCUCCUGUUCCCUUCCCCUGUCUGUUGUUGAGGAAGAUGCUGUCCAUGUUUCUGUGUGUAUUCAUUUGUUUUUUUGUUGAAACCUGUUAGCAAUAAAGUUUUCCACUCUGGCUAUCAA